GGCACGGCAUUUGGACAGGAAACUUCUCAGAGCAUCCCCCUUACGAUGUCCCAGAUGAGAACGGCAAUUUUCUGUCUCCGGUUCUUGCUGGUUUCUACAUGUUCUUGACAAUGAUAAUCCUGUUGCAGGUUUUAAUCCCCACUUCCCUUUAUAUGUCCAUUGAGCUGGUCAAGCUGGGCCAAGUCUUCUUAAUUCACAAUGACAUUGACCUGUACGAUGAAGCAGCAGAUUUGCCCAUACAGUGCCAUGCCCUAAAUAUAACAGAAGAUCUCGGACAAAUCCAGUACAUCUUCUCAGACAAAACUGGGACGCUAACCGAAAACAAAAUGGUAUUCCGACGGUGCACGGUCAAUGGAAUCGAGUUUUCACAUCGGGAAAAUGCCAGGCGCCUGGAAACCCACAAAGAGUUGGAUUUCGGCGAUGAGGACUUUGCAAAACUCCAACACUUCACUCUUCCCCCCAUGAACACGGAGAGACCGGCCGCGUACAAGCAGAGGACUGUGAGACCUUUAAGGAGGUGCCAAAGUGCCAGGGCUCAUUUUCAAGGGCACACAAGGAACAGGUCACUCGGUCGUCGCGACAGCAACCAGUCCCAAGUGGCGUUCAGCAGCACCAUCGAGAAGGAUGUGACUCCCGACAGCAGACUGCUGAGGAGAGUGAGAGAAGCUGCACUGCAGGCUGAAAAUCUUUCUCCUUUUACGCAUACCAAGACCUCCACAUCCCUCACUGACUUCUUUCUUGCCCUUGCCAUCUGCAAUACGGUCCUGGUCUCCACAGCUACCGAGCCAAGACAAAGGGUCACAGUCCCACCACCAAUAAAACCUUCAGGAAUCAGCCUGGAGAAGAUCCAUCAGAUCUUCCAACGGCUAAAGCUAGCAAGCCUCAGUCAGUCCUUCUCAUCCUCCCAGUCCAGUUCAGAGCUUGGCGCCAGCUUCAGCGCCAUGAGCCCGGAGCAGCAUCUCGCUGAGCUGGAUUGCUGUGACAACGACGACGACUGCAGUGCCGGUGGCAGAGGCAAUGCCCUCCAGGGCAAAGCCGGCGCAGAUCUUGGUGGCGCGUCCUUGGAUGAGGUUUUCAAAUCCAUGACUAACGGCUCUUUGCCUGCAGACUUUUGCUACGAGGCCGAGAGCCCGGACGAGGCGGCGCUCGUCUACGCUGCCCAGGCGUACAGCUUUACUGUGGUGUCCCGGACACCCAAACAGGUCACCGUGCGGCUGCCACAGGGCACGCUGCUGACGUUCGAUAUCCUCUACACUUUGGGAUUCGACUUGGUCAGGAAGAGGAUGUCCGUAGUGGUGAGGCACCCCCUAACCAAGGAGAUCGUUGUCUACACUAAAGGAGCUGACUCUGUUAUCAUGGACUUGCUGGAAGACCCUGCCAAAGCUGACAUUAGUGCACAGAAGAGAAUGAAAAGAAUAAAAGAAAAAACCCAGAAGCAUCUGGACUGCUAUGCCCGGGAUGGCCUGCGAACUUUGUGCAUAGCUAAGAAGGUCUUGAGUGAGGACGACUUUCAGAAAUGGGCCAAUUUUCGUCGGGAGGCAGAAGCCGCGAUUGACAACAGAGAUGAACUGCUAUUGGAGACAGCGCAGCACCUGGAGACCAAACUCACCUUGCUGGGAGCGACGGGGAUCGAGGAUCGGCUGCAGGACGGGGUUCCCGACACCAUCGCGGCCCUUCGAGAAGCCGGGAUACAAAUCUGGGUGCUGACAGGAGACAAACAGGAAACAGCCGUCAACAUCGCGUAUUCCUGCAAACUCCUGAAGCAGAGAGACACUGUCUUCACCAUUAACACUGAAAAUAAGGAAACAUGCGAAUCUCUCUUGAAUUUAACCUUGGAAGAGGUGAGGAAGAACUACGAGGUUGAAAAACCCCGGAAGAAAUUUCUUGGCCUCAUCCCAACGCCUUCCUCAGCCCCGGAGGCGCCCAGUCCCGAAUUCGGGCUGGUGGUCGACGGGCGGACGCUGACCAUCAUCUUCCAGGGGGGCCUGGAGGAGAAGUUCCUGGCGCUGAGCAGGCACUGCCAAGCGGUGGUGUGCUGCCGCUCCACCCCCUUGCAGAAGAGCAUGGUGGUCAAGCUCGUCCGGAGACAGCUUCGAGUGAUGACUCUCUCCAUAGGCGAUGGUGCAAAUGAUGUCAGUAUGAUUCAGGCAGCUGAUGUUGGGAUUGGGAUAUCUGGCCAAGAAGGCAUGCAGGCUGUGAUGGCCAGUGACUUUGCAAUAUCCCGAUUUAAGCACCUCAAAAAGCUGCUUCUCGUCCACGGACAUUGGUGCUACGCUCGCCUGGCAAAGAUGGUGAUUUACUUUUUCUACAAAAAUGUGAGCUACGUCAACCUGCUCUUCUGGUACCAGUUCUUCUGUGGUUUCUCAGGCAGCAUCAUGAUAGAUUACUGGCAGAUGAUUUUCUUCAAUCUCUUCUUCACCUCCAUGCCCCCUCUUCUCUUUGGAGUCCUGGACAGGGACGUUUCUGCAGAAACCCUUCUAGGUUUGCCCGGAUUGUACAAGAACGGACGAAAUUCAGAGAUAUACAAGCUGUCAACUUUUAUUAUUACAAUGUUGGACGCCUUCUAUCAGAGCCUCAUUUGCUUCUUUGUUCCCUAUUUGACGUACAAGGACUCUGACAUAGACCUGCUUUCCUUCGGAAACCCCAUCAACACCAUCUCCCUCCUGACCAUUCUCCUGCACCAGGCUCUAGAAAUGAAAACGUGGACCCUGUUCCACCUGGCCACGAUGGUCGGCAGCGUCAUCUUUUACCUCGUCUUCUCCCUGACCUACAACGCCACCUGCGUGGUCUGCAGCCCCCCCGCCAGCCCCUACUGGAUCAUGGAGAAGCAGCUUUCGGACCCCACCUUCUACCUCCUGUGCCUCAUUACCCCAGUCAUCGCCCUCCUGCCGAGGUUCUUUAUUUUUGCUCUACGGGGAACCUUUGGAGCAUCUCUGAUUCUGCAAGCACAGCAGCUAGAUAAACUUCCCAAAGGGCAACGGGAUCUCGAAAUCCAGAAACUGAGCUCAAGGAAGCAAACUGCUCCUGGUGCACCUGUGGCAUCAGCUGCAUCUAACGAUGACCUCGACCAAACCAGCAGCCACUUGUGUGUGUCGCCGUUCUUACACCCGGUGGCAGCAGCUGUGUCUCAUGGGGACACAGCAAGGCAGGGACUUUCUGCCUCUGAAGCGAAUCCUCUCAGGAACUGGACACCAGAAGAAGGCUGCUAUUUCUAUAACAGGUGGGCAGAGGAGGAAUCCGCUGCCACAGACCCUGCAGCAGGGCCUUCCUUGGGCCAUUGCCCCCUGGUACCCAGCAGGGUGACAACUGCACAGGAUAAACUGGCUAAAGAUAACGCCAGCAAUUUUAACCACGGCAGCCACCGGCGAUCUGUGAGCGCAGUGACGCUCUGA